CAAAAACAAAUGGCCUAUAUUAAUUGUUGGACUCUGUUCCGUGGUUGGGCCGGGUGUACCUACCGCCCGUUGUACUAUGUAGGCGCUGACUUGCUUUACACGUUUAAAGUUCCAUCACUUGGAAAGCAGGGAUACAGAUUGUGAUUUGUGAGGUAGAAGCACACAUACAAUUACACAUCGAGGGGAGAAUUCAAAGUUUAGGAUGGGGUCGUACAUGAGCCCCUUGCUGUACGGAGUUGGAGGGAUAGUGAUGGCCGGAAUGGCGCUACUGGUGGCGUUCCAGGAGAAGCUCGUGUAUGUGCCAGUGUUGCCUGGCCUCACCAAGUCCUAUCCAAUUACACCCAGUCGUCUUAGUCUUUUCUAUGAAGAUGUCUGGCUUAGAUCUUCGGAUGGCGUACGCCUUCAUGCCUGGUUCAUCAAGCUUUUCCCCAAAGGUAGCCCAACCAUCCUCUUUUUUCAGGAAAAUGCAGGAAACAUUGCCCAUCGUCUUGAAAUGGUUAACCUAAUGAUACAACGACUCCGGUGCAAUGUUUUUAUGCUUUCAUACCGUGGCUAUGGGGCCAGUGAUGGAUACCCUUCUCAACAUGGAAUCAUAAAGGAUGCUCAGGCAGCAUUAGAUCAUCUGAUUCAGAGGACAGAUAUUGAGACAUCAAAAAUAUUUGUUUUUGGAAGGUCGCUUGGCGGAGCAGUUGGUGCUGUACUUACUAAAAAUAAUCCUGAUAAUGUGUCUGCACUUAUUUUGGAGAAUACUUUCACUUCUAUCCUUGACAUGGCUGGAGUUCUCCUUCCCUUCUUGAAGUGGUUCAUUGGAGGCAGUGGUUCAAAGGGUCUCAAACUUCUUAACUUUCUUGUUAGGUCUCCGUGGAACACCAUUGAUGUUGUUAGUGAGAUCAGACAACCUAUCCUUUUUCUGUCUGGAGUAAAAGAUGAAAUGGUCCCCCCAUCACACAUGUCAAAGCUAUAUGCUAAGGCAGCUGCACAUAACAACCACUGCUUAUUUGUGGAAUUUCCUACUGGAAUGCAUAUGAAUACGUGGUUAGAAGGUGGGGAUCACUACUGGAUGACCAUUCAGCGGUUUCUGCAACAAACUGUUCCUGAGAAGUCGGAAUAAAGGAAGCAAGAAUAUUCUGAAGAGGUAUGUGAGGCAAAUGAGGGGACUUGAUAAUACGUCUGUCAAAUGUGAAGGAAGUGAAGUAACAAACUUCAGAACCUUUCUCAAAUUUGUAUAUCAUUAUAAACACAACCAAACCAAACCAAACACAGUGCGGAAACAAGCAAGUAAAGUGCAGAAGUGUUCUAUCACUCUCCACCUGUGAUUACUUAUCCUGAUACUAGUCCGACUUCAAUCUCAUGUUUUGAUGCAUCUUCAAAUCUUGUCCGUACAUCAGAUCUUGACCUCCCGAUAGCACUACGUAGAGCCUCGUCUCAUCCUAAAUGGUGCCAUGUCAUGGUAGAGGAAAUGAAUGCUUUGGAUCUUAAUGGUACUUGGGAUUUGGUAGACUUACCUACAGGGAAGAAGUCUAUUGGAUGUAAGUGGGUCUUCCUGUUAAGGUUAACCUAGAUGGAUCUGUUGCUCGGUUGACAACUCAAUUAGUUGCGAAGGGUUAUGCUCAAACCUAUGGAUGACCUUAAGGAAGAAGUUUAUAUUGAGCAACCUCAGGGAUUUGUUGCUCAGGGGGAGUGUGGUAAAGUUUGUCGACUUCACAAUUCUCUUUAUGGUUUGAAUGAACAAUUUGGAAUGAUAAAAGGCAAAUCAGGUCACUCUCCCUUUCCGCCCACGUUUAUCUUCCUCCUUGGAACUUCUUACCCUUAAAGCUGCAUUUUUUUCCAAGUACGAGCCGUGCAUGAUCCAAAUUUAAUGCCAGAUGAAGCAUCAAAGAAGUCACCAUCUUUGAUUGAGGUCUAACAGAUAUAAUCGGUAAGGAGUUAUCAUUGAUAGCACCAUCGUUCUAAUUAUUAGUUUCUUCUGGAGUCAUGUUUACAGAAGACGUGAGAAUAUUAUGAAUAAUGUCAUUGAGUAAUAUAGACUAACUGUAUUUUACAAUCUCUCUACCAAGUAGCUCUCAAGUGCGUAGAAACAUUGUACAUUUUGUUUACUUUUUCUGAACUGUAAUAGAGUUUGCAAUCCCAUGUAUCUUUGGCAGAACACUGAUGAGGUUUUGACACCAAUAUAUGACCUUUUUAC